GUCUCUUCACUCUCCUGUUACCCAUCAUUAUGUUCGUGAGGUCUCAUCCCUCUCCUAUUAUCUUUUGGGAUACUGAGUGCCGAAUCGCUCUAAGGCACUGCAUCGCAGUGCUUGAGGCGUCACUACAGACCGGGUCCAAGCCCUGGGUGUAUCACAACCGUCGUGAUCAGGAGUCCCAUGGGGCGGUUCACAAUUGGUCCAGCGUCAAUUGGUCCAGCGUCGUAGGCCGUAAUUGUAAAUAAGAAUUUGUUAACUGACUUGCCAAGUUAAAUAAAUGUUAAAUAAAAUAAAGAAUAUCUGCUGCGGGACUCCCUGUUCCUCCCCCUUUCACUCCCUCCCUUCCCCUGAGCUGCUCGGCGCAAAACAAUCCGUUCCUCGUACUCCAACUUUCUUUACCACAGUAUCGCCUUAAAUCAAAGGAUGGCAGCAUUUCUGAAAUCUCUUCGGAAUCUGAAGAAUGAGAUCGUUCUAUUCUCUUCCCCGUUACUUCUUCUCCCGCUGCCUUUAGUCAUUGGAACAAAGGAGGCCAGAUGUGCCUAUGUGAUCAUCCUGAUGGCAGUGUACUGGUGUACAGAGGCCUUACCACUGGCUGUCACUGCCCUGCUCCCUGCUGUCCUCUUCCCCAUGUUUGGCAUCAUGCAGUCCAAAGACGUGUGUAUGCAGUAUCUGAAGGACACCAACAUGUUGUUUGUGGGAGGACUGAUGGUGGCGGUGGCAGUGGAGCACUGGAACCUGCACAAACGCAUUGCCCUCCGAGUGCUGCUCUUUGUAGGGGUGCGCCCCGCUCUUCUGAUGCUGGGCUUCAUGGGGGUGACAGCCUUCCUGUCCAUGUGGAUCAGUAACACAGCCACCACAGCCAUGAUGGUGCCCAUCGUCCAGGCUGUUCUGGAGCAGUUCAACAACUACACAGAGACUGAGAUGCCUAUGAUCCUCAGCACUGAGGAGAACCCCCAACCUCAGGACCCCACUGACAGCAAACAGACAGAGAAACAGGCAGAGGGACAUGAUCCACUUGUGGAGGCUAUCUGGCGUAAGGAAGCUGCAGACAAGAAGAAGAUGUGUAAGGGGAUGACGCUGUGUGUCUGCUAUGCGGCCAGCAUCGGGGGCACUGCCACCCUCACAGGGACUGGCCCCAAUCUGGUGCUCAAGGGACAGAUGAACCAACUGUUUCCUAACAAUGGUGAUGUCAUCAAUUUUGCGUCCUGGUUCGGCUUUGCUUUCCCCAACAUGAUCCUGAUGCUGACCCUGGCUUGGCUCUGGCUGCAGUUUGUCUUUAUGGGAUUCAAUUUUAAGAAGACGUGGGGCUGUGGGGCAGUAAAGACAGAGAAAGAGAUAUCUGUGUACAAUGUGAUCAAGGAGCAGCAUCGUCAGCUGGGCUCCAUGUCUUUUGGAGAGCUGAGUGUGUUGGGUCUGUUCAGUUGUCUGGUGUUUCUGUGGUUCACCAGAGAUCCUGGCUUCGUGGCAGGCUGGGCCACAUACAUCUUCAACGCUGAUGCAGAGUAUGUAACUGAUGCCACAGUGGCAUUGUUCAUCGCUGUCCUUCUCUUCGUCCUGCCUUCCAAGCCCCCACGCUUCUGCUGCAGGAGAUCCCAAAGCUUUGACACUGAGCUUCAGCACCCGGCUGGCCCCACACCAGCUCUGCUGACCUGGAAGGUGGCCCAGAAGAAGUUACCCUGGAACAUCGUUCUCCUCUUGGGGGGAGGGUUCGCCCUGGCCAAGGGCAGCGAGGAGUCAGGUCUGUCUAUGUGGAUGGGGGACCAGAUGACUCCCCUCUACACCAUCCCACCCUGGGCCAUCGCUAUCAUCCUGUGUCUGCUGAUCGCCAUCUUCACCGAGUGCACCAGUAAUGUGGCCACUGCCACUCUCUUCCUACCUGUCCUCGCCUCAAUGUCCCAGUCCAUUGGAAUGAAUCCUCUGUACGUCAUGGUGCCUUGUACUCUCAGUGCCUCCUUUGCCUUCAUGCUACCUGUGGCCACACCGCCCAAUGCUAUCGUCUUCUCAUUUGGCUACCUCAAGGUUUCUGACAUGGCUAGGACAGGUAUAGUGAUGAACCUCAUCGGCGUCCUGUGCAUCACUCUGGCCAUCAAUAGCUGGGGCAGGGCCAUGUUCCACCUAGACACCUUCCCUACCUGGGCCAACACUACUGGGGUGUGAGGGCCCCGAGGGUCCCCGGGCCAGGCCAUGAGGAACACAUGGAGGGCCCCUUAUGUGCUAGAGACCUCUACCGAGAAAGGAAUCAACGUGACUGGUCGUGUUAGUGUGUUGGGUAGUUGGGAGAAACGCCACGUAGCUUCCAUUACGAAGGACACUUGAAUCACCCUGUGGAAAGAACGAUGGAUGGAUGAGUUUAACUGGAGAGAAUAAUGAUGAAGGGUGGAGAGUAUCACUACUGUACUUUUAAUGCUGUAAUGUGUUAUACAGAAUGUCCAGUCCUAUUCAAAAUGCCCAAGCAUUAUCUCUAUCAAAUCAAUCAAAUGUAUUUAUAAAGCCCUUUUUACAUCAGCCAAUGUCACAAAGUGAUAUACAGAAACUCAGCCUAAAACCCCAAACAGCAAGCAAUGCAGAUGUAGAAGCACGGUGGCUAGGAAAAACUCCCUAGAAAGGCAGGAACCGAGGAAGAAACCUAGAGAGGAACCAGGCUCUGAGGGGUGGCCAGUCCUCUUCUGGCUCUGCCGGAUGGAGAUUAUAACAGUACAUGGCCAAGAUGUUCAAACGUUCAUAGAUGACCAGCAGUCAAAUAAUAAUAAUAAUCACAGUAGUUGUAGAGGGUGCAACAGGUCAGCACCUCAAGAGAAAAUGUCAGUGAACAUGUUCUCAACUUCUCACUCUCAGACAUAGUUUCUGUUUCAUAUUUGUUGUGUCAGGACCCGGUUACGAACCUGGGUCUCCGGAGGGAGAAACAGUCACUUAACCAACUGAGCCACGAAUAGUCAGCAGAACCCAGAAGAUGAGGCAGACACAGCAGUACUUAAGACGGUGUAUUUAAUAAAGUAAAAAGGAGAAGUCCUUCAAUACAAAAUGGCAAAUCCAAAAGGUGGUAGGUAUAGCACAAAAAAGCCUCAAGAGAUACUCAAAAACAAAAUUCUACAAGAGCGUCCACCGGAAUCGACAAGAGUACACAGAACACUAGGGCUGGGUGCUAACAUACAAACACAGAGCACAGAACUGAUGGAAACAAAGGGUUUAAAUACAAUCAGGGGAAACGAGGCACAGGUGCAAAUAAUAAUGGGGAUCAAGGGAAAAAACAUAAGGUCAAAAAGCACAAUGGGGGCAUCUAGUGACCAAAACCCGGAACAACCCUGGCCAAAUCCUGACAUGUUGGUCUGUUUAUAUCUCAAGACUCAGAGUUGCUUAAAAUCCAUUUGUGGUUUACUGUUUUUGAUGAACUUGUCCUUUAGCUUCUGAACUACACCACAUGCCCAAAAGUAUGUAAACACCUGAACACACCGCCUGGCUCGCAGUAGGCGUUCCAAUUCAUUCCAAAAGUGUUAGAUGGGAUUGAGAUCAGGGUUCUGUACAGACCAGUGAAGUUCUUCAACACCGAUCUUGACAAAACAUUUCUGGGGCAUUGUCAUGCUGAAACACGAAAGGUCCUUCCCCAAACUUUUGCCAAAGUUGGAAGCACAGAAUCAACUAGAAUGUCAUUGUAUGCUGGUACGUUAAUAGUUCCCUUGACUGGAAGUAAGGGGCCUAGCCCAAACCAUGCGUUCUCCUGGCAUCGGCCAAACCCAGAUUUGUCCGUUAGUCUGCCAGAUGGUGCAGCAUGAUUCAUCACUCCAGAAAUGCGUUUUCACUGCUCCAGAGUCCAAUAGCGGUGAGCUUUUCAACGCUUGGUAUAGCACAUGGUGAUCAUAGGUUUGUGUGCGGCUGCUAGGCCAUGGAAACUAAUUUCGUUAAGUCUCGCGACAAACAGUUAUUGUGCUGACAUUGCUUCUAGAGGAAGUUUGGAACUCGGUAGUGAGUGUUGCAACCGAGGACAAACAAUUUGUACUCACUACACUCUUCAGUACUUGGCGGUCCCGUUCUGUGAGCUUGUGUGGCCUACCACUUUGUGGCUGAGUUGUUGUUGCUCCUAGACGUUUCCAUGGUGAGGCAGGUAGCCUAGUGGUUAGAGUUAGAGUUUUAGACUUGUAACCGAAAGGUCUGUCGUUCUGCCCCUGAACAAGGCAGUUAACCCACUGUUCCUAGGCCGUCAUUGAAAAUAAGAAUUUGUUCUUAUCUGACUUGCCUAGUUAAAUAAAGGUAAAAUACAUUUUAAAAACUUCACAAUAACAGCACUUACAGUUGACUGGGGCUGCUCUAGCGGGGCAGACAUUUGACUGACUUGCUGGAAAGGUGGCAUCCUAUGAAGGUGUCACGUCGAAAGCCUCUGAGCUCUUCAGUACAGCCAUUCUACUGCCAAUGUUUGUCUAUGGAGAUUGCAUGGCUGUGUGCUCGAGUUUAUACACCUGUCACCAACAGGUGUGACUGAAAUAGCCAAAUCCACUAAUUUGAAGGGGUGUCCACAUACCUUUGCAUAUAUAGUGUAUGUUUCCAUGAUCAAACAAUGUAUGUCAUCUUCUCUUUUUGUUAGUGUAUAGUCUUAGUCUUAGAUUAACUUGUUUUGAUUUUGCUAAUACUCAGUGCUGAAAUGUGGUGCAUUGUACUUGAACUUUGAAUACUGUAUGACUGUACAACUUGAGAUGCCUCUGUACAUACUUUAUCUCAACUUUAACCGUUGGGGCUGGAAAAUGCAAACAUAUUGAAAACUCAGAUACGUGAAUACACUGUACAAUGGUUAUUUAUUGUGUGCUGACGCGUUGAUGUUUAUCCUUUGUUAUAACAGUAAUAUAAUGUGUAUUUCAAAACUUUUUUAUUUAAUUAUUGUAGUAUUAUCUUGAUCAAAAGUUGGAUAUUUGUAACGGCGUUCUUCUUUAGUUGACAGAGAGUCGGACCGAAAUGCAGCGUGUAAGUUACUCAUGUUUAUUAGUGAAGACAAACGAACGAACUAUACACGAAUAACUAAUAAAUACAAAAAUAACAAACAGAACGUGAAACCAAUUACAGCCUGACUGGUGCACACUACACAGAGACAGGAACAAUCACCCACGAAAUGCAAAGCGAAACCAGGCUACCUAAAUACGGUUCCCAAUCAGCGACAACGAGAAUCACCUGACUCUGAUUGAGAACCGCCUCAGGCAGCCAACCUAUUAAACACACACACACCCCUAAUCAGCUACAAUCCCAAACACUACAAACCCCAAUACGAAAAUACAAUACAUAAUAAACCCAUGUCACACCCUGGUCUGACUAACUAAUAAACUAAAACACAAAAUACUAAGACCAAGGCGUGACAAUAUUCAUGAGAUGUAAUAUAGUUUAUAGUGUAUUGUAUAUGGAGUUUGCUACUGUACACUCUGAAAUGGCCAAAAUGGAAAGGAAAUGUCUGGGCUGCUUGCAUGUACAGUCAGAGAUGGGCAACAAUUACAAGAUACAAUUACAAAAUAUCAUAAAGAUCAAAAUAUCAAAAAUAAAUGACAAAAUACUUGUAUUUUGAAAUGUUUUUAAUUAAAAUACAGAAAUACACUUGCAAGUAGCCAGCCCAAACAGCAACAACAUUCUCAGCAAUGGUUGCAAAAACAUUUUCCUUGCUAUGACUGUGAUGAGUUGUUGUUUAUCUUAGUUGAAUACACUGACUGUAUAUGUGAAAAUGCACAUACCAAAAUGAACUGCAAAGCACACUGGGUAUUGUUAUUGGCCUUGUUUCAGGGUUAUGUCUAGAUGGUAUACAGCUUCACCUAAUUCUCCUAACCUGCUAUGUAAGUUCUCCUAAACCUGCUACCAUAAGUCUGUUCAUGUAGUUCAUUUAGCAGACGGUUUCAUCACACCAUAUUUCUAUCAGACUUCUGAUACCAAUGCAAGGUGAAAGGGAGCCACAAAAUGGUGGACCGCUAUAAAAAAGGAAAACACAAUACAGCUCUUGAAAGUAUCUUGUUACAGAAUACAUUGGAGUGUAGUUCAGCCCAUCGUAAAACAAAUGACAAACUACAUCUCUGUGUACAGUGCCUUAUAGGUUCAUGCAAUCCUGUAUACAGAUUUCACUGGUUUGAUACACUGUUGCAAACUGAUCGUGUGAAAUAAAUACAACUAAGAU